AUGCUUGUUCUCGAUCCAAAGGAUCGAUCCUCACUGAAGGUGCUUAUGCAAGACAAAUGGAUCAAUGCAGGAUACGCUCCCAGUGAACAGUUGCGGCCUUAUAAAGAGCCUCCGAAGUCCCAGCUAGAUGAAGUUCGUGUCAAAGCCAUGGAAGCGAUGGGAUUUACACGUGCUGAUUUAGAGUCGUCUGUUGUCAAUCCUGAGUUCGAUCAUGUCUACGCAACUUAUCAUCUUCUUCCGGAAACACCUUCGCAGUUCAUGGUACUUUGCGAAGAGCUGGCUCUUGGUGGUCGUAAGUCACAAACUUCUGGAGCUUAUCGCAAACCACUUGCCGGAGCCGGUAAUCAACCCGCGGCUGUUCCACCAGCACCUCCCACAGCUAUCGGUCGGUUUACGGUGGCCCCAAGCGAAAAUGUUACCGAUGUUUCCUCCCGGAACCCAAGUGUGGUGACUCCAAUGAUUCCGUCCAUUGACUCUCCGGCAAACGCUUCACAGCGUAAACAGCCACCUUAUCCUAUGACUGACUCUGGUUCAAGGGAGCACCAUUCGUUGACUUCCGCACUGCCGGUUGCUCUUCGCAAGGCCAUCGUCCAAAUGGGACGAACAUUUGGUGCAGGGGGAUCGUAUAACACUAGCACACCAAAUUCAGGCUCUAGCGUGGGACCUGAUGCUCAUCAACGUUCUACCACCUCGGCUACAUCGCGCGCUCCUGUACGGCCUCCUUCCAAACAAACUGACGGAAGGUUAGUUAUUCAUUUUUUCCAUGUAUAUUGUCUCUCGCAUACUACAUAUGCCACGCAACCUCAACUGGAUAAUCGCGAAGUUAAUUGUGACAUGCGUUCACGCUUUUCUAGUUUGUGCGGCUAA